GUACGCCCCCCCCCACCUUUUUUUUUCAUCUCUGAUAUCGAUUAUUCUUAUUGGUGCAUGCGCAGUACACUUCUCUUGUUUCACUUUUCCAUUUCUUUGCUGUGGUAGCCGACGUUUGUUGACAUAGCUUCCCUUAAUUCAAAAUGACAAACACAAAAGGUUAUCGCCGGGGUACCCGGCAUAUGUUCGCCAGGGCAUUCAGGCGUCACGGAGUCCUUCCGCUGUCCACUUACAUGAAAGUUUACAAACGUGGCGACUUGGUCGAUGUUAAAGGUGACGGAGGUGUGCAAAAAGGUAUGCCGCAUAAAUCCUACCACGGUCGUACGGGACGUGUCUUCAACGUAACACAACACGCCGUUGGGGUGAUCAUCAAUAAACGAGUGAAGCAUCGCAUCAUCCCAAAGAGGAUCAAUCUGAGGAUCGAACACGUGAAACCAUCCAAGUGUCAAGAAGAUUUCCGUAAGAGAAUUGUCGAAUGUAGCAAACUGAAAGCUGAAGCAAAAGCUAAAGGAGUCCGCGUUUGUUUAAAGAGACAGCCUGCAGGUCCUGUCAAAAGACACUUUGUAUCAAUUGCUAAAAAUAAACCUACUCUACUAGAACCAGUGCGGUACGAAUUUGUAGCCUAGACACGUUAAAACAAAAGUUCUUUCAAGUAUAACGGUAUUUCAACUGCGAGAAUUAAAACACUUGCCCUUCAACGAAUAUAUAUAUGUAUUCACUUGAACGAAACAUGACGUAAUCGGCCGAGUUCUGAUUACUAAUCACUUCUGACUGUUUUCUCACCGUUUUAUUUGAUCAAUUGU